AUGGCGUUAGUAAUCUUCAUUACCUUUCUAAUUUCUUUCUUGUCUUUUGAUGGGUUCGAGUGCAAAAAUUUGGGAGGAAGUGCUGAAUUAAUAAAUCACAACAAUGAAGCAAUCUCAGUUGCGAAGACUGUCUAUGGUGACAUUUAUGAUUGCAUCGAUAUAUAUAAACAGCCCGCUUUCAACCAUCUAGCGUUGUCCAAUCACAAAAUACAGUUUGCAGGGAUCACUGUGAAUGCAGAUCCUGGCAAGAAAUAUGGCGCAGCCCAGGCCGUAAUAAACAUUUAUAAUCCGAAGGUAGUAGGACCUGGACAUUACAGUUCAGCAACAAUUGCUAUUGAAAGUGGAGAGAAUCAGAUACAAAUGGGAUGGAUUGUACAUCCACAGUUGUAUGGUGAUUAUCGCACCAGAUUGUAUUCCUCUUGGACAGCAGACAACUCCAGAUCAACGGGUUGCUUUAACAACAAUUGCCCUGGAUUUGUAGUACUCAGUCGUGAUAUGCCUCUAGAUUAUGCAUUUCCAAGUAUUUCUCAACCCGAAGAACAACAAUACGACUCAUUGAUAGGGCUGGCUUUGGUGAAUGGCACGGGAGAGUGGCUUCUUGUGUUUGAAUUCAAUACGGUAAUUGGAUAUUGGCCAAACUCUAUAUUGCCUAAUUUGGCAAGUGGUGCAGAAACAAUUCGAUGGGGAGGACAAGUUUUUACUCCACCAUCAGAUGAUACUAGUUCACAAAUGGGAAGUGGUCUAUUCAGAAAUGGUCAAAGGAGGAUAACAUGUUACAUGCGUCAAGUUACCUAUGAUGAAACUAUAUCUCCUGAUAAGUCCUCUCUUCAAACUCAUGAUUCCCGAUGUUAUUACGAGGGAUACAACUUCUAUGAUAAAGAUUCGUAUUGGGCCUAUAGUUUCUUGUUCGGAGGUAAGGGUGGAAAGGAUGGUGUAACUUGCAUCUACUAA